AUGGUGAGACCAGGAGAAGGGAUCACACACGAGAGAUAUACUCAAGAUCCUCAUUUCAUUGGGAGUCAUGCACAUGGAAAUGUCACCUUUGGGGUUGAUCUGGACGCUGCUCCAAAAGUGGUGCUCGGCCUAUCACCAUUCUCAAUCGGAGGGGAAGUGCCCCAUCUUCCUUCUGAUUCUAAUGGCUUAAGUACAUGCACUCCUCCAUCUGUAAGUCCUUAUGCAAACUAA